AAAUCUAUUACAUUUAUUGAGGUUAUAUUGUGAUGGCAACCCCUGCUCUAAAAGCCAAAGAUCUUGGUAACAAAGCCUAUAAAGCCAAACAGUUUGAUGUUGCUAUCCAGCACUAUAACGAGGCUAUAGCCCUUGACCCCACUGAUAUUACUUUCUACAAUAACAAAGGAGCUGUUAACUUCGAGAAGGGGGACCAUGACGCUGUCAUCGAAGUGUGCCUAAAAGCAGUGGAUGUUGGAAGGGAGAAUGAGUCAGACUACAAACACAUUGCAAAGGCCCUGUCAAGAGUUGGUAAAGCAUACAUGAAGAAGGAGGAUCUGGACAAAGCAAUGUACUAUUACGACAAGGCUAUCACCGAGCACAGAGACCCUAACAUACUUAAAGAGAGAUCAGACGUUUUAAAAUUGGUGAAAGAAAAGGAAAAGCUGGCUUACAUUAGCCCUGAGAAAUCUCAAGCAGAGAAAGCGAAAGGAAACGAUGUAUUCAAACAAGGAAAGUACGCUGAAGCACUUCAAUUUUACAACGAAGCAAUUAAAAGAAAUCCAACUGACCACGUGCCGUAUAGUAACCGGGCUGCUUGUUAUACCAAACUUAUGGAAUUUGGACUUGCGAUGCAGGACUGUGACAAAUGUAUCGAACUCAACCCCAUGUUCGUUAAGGGAUACCUGAGGAAAGCGGCAGUGCUUAAAAUUGAUAAGCCACAGGAGGCCAAAGCUGUGUACGAAAAAGCGCUUGAAAUCGACCCAAAUAACGCUGAGGCAAAACAGGGAAUCCACCACUGUUCACAAUCCCUCAGAAAUCUGAAACCAGAGGACAGGGCUAAACUCGCCAUGAACGAUCCUGAGAUCCAGCAAAUCUUACAAGACCCGUCCAUGCAAGUCAUCUUAGAACAAAUGCAGAAAGACCCAGCUGCAGCCCAGGAGCAUUUGAAAAACGCAGAUGUCCGGGACAAGUUCAUGAAACUCGUGGAAAGCGGCGUCGUUCAAGUUCGAUAGACCUUAUGACGUCACAUUUCGGUUACGUCAUCACAUUUUUAUGACGUUAUCACAACCUUCAGCUGACUCAGAUGGACAAACUGUUUUACAUUUUAGUGGUGUAUGUUUUUAGGUAAUCCUGGCUUUCAAAGCAAUUUGCACACAACACAUUUAUAUGUAUGUGUUCUUUAGAACCGAUAAAACUUCUUUCCAAUAUGUUUAGGUAUGUCGGAUAUCGGGACAAAAUUUUCAGCCAAAGGGUUUAUGCAGUUUCUCGUUUUACUUUAGGGCCCUAUUGCAUAUAGGGGGCGUUUGAUCUCUAGUCAAAACUACAAGGUUUACAGCUCAGUUUCUUGUUUUAUAAACAAUGCUUAAGUUAAUAUAACCUUAAUUUGUUUUGAUAUUUGCUA